AUGGGCCUUGGUGCCCACAGGGCUCUGGCCAGCCGCAUCCAACAGCUUGAGGCUCAGCUUGCUGAGAUUGGUGAUGCCCACACAACAGCCCAAAGUCCAGCUUGGGGAGAAGAGCUCUGGAAUCCUUUCCCAAGUACUCCACGGCCAGCUCAGCCAUCUCUGCAUGUCGACACGAGCUUUGAUCCCCCGCAGCGAUCAUUCUCAUGGGACUUUUCAUCUUCAACCGACUCAGCUGGCGCCGAGGGCACGACGACCCAACCAGAAAUUCCAACCAUCGAGAUCUCCGAAUGUGGAGGUCCCUCGCCGGCUCUGCUCUCGCCCGCACCGUCUUUACUUUCUGCCAACUCUCGCUGCUCGACCCCAGAGCCCUACACCAUCACUACCCCUAUCAUGGGCUCGACGCUGGCGCCGCCGAUGCUUGGAUCUCCUGUUUCUCCUCCGGUAUCCGCCUGUCAACGUCCGCCGUGGGAAUUCUCACACGGCGAGAGCAAUGAUGGUUAUCUGAGUCCUCCCGACCACGGGAAACUCUCGCUUUCACGGCGCUCUUCCAUCUCUUCAUUUGGCCUCGACCAAGAUUUCAGCUCCAUUAACCUCCAGUUCUCGCCCUUUGACGACGAACCACAGUCUCCAGGCGCUUUUUCAGACCAUUUCCGACCGCAAUCCAGGAUAUCCAAUCAAUCCACGACGCCGACAGGGGCGAGGUCACCGAAGAUGCCCACUAAAUUUGAAGCAGAGACGCUCUCAGAUAUCUUCUUUGACAAGGUUGAACCGAGUCAGCGGCCUGUAGAGCAGUCCUUCUACCAUACUUGCCUGGAUCUAGUUUACGAGUUUGCAGCGGACAAUACACAGGGGCCGCACAUGGAUGUGGUCGAGUGUCUGAUACCUCCUUACUCCCUGCGCAUGGCCCGCUUCUAUGUCUUCAUGACCAUGGCGAUCGGCAUGCGCUUGCGAACCGGCGGCCGGAUGACGGAUAAUUCCCUUCUUGACAGCUGCUAUCAUCUCGCCAUGCACCAGGCUGAAUCCCCCGCUUUCUGGAGCGAGGUGGGCGGGGUCGAAGCGGCCACACUUCUGACCUUGUUUGCGAAGAGCGGCGAAGUGCAGACGCUCGACAAGAUGGGCCAUUAG